AUGGCGCGAGGAAAUAGCUGCAAGCAGGAUCGAAAUGGCCAUCACUCGCAGCGAGUAAAGCCGGUGAUUACUAAAGCUCGAUCAGUUUCAGAUGUCUCAAUCCGGUCGGCGUCUCCAGUUUCGACCGUCCGGGGCGCGAAGUCUGGAAUUUUGAAACGCCAUCACAGUGGUUCUUCUGCGAAAGACCCCCGCAAACAUGGCAAAAUCGACCGUCAGAAAUGCUCUGAUCUCCUUUCUGAGGUCCAGACUGAGAUGGAGAAAGAAGCGGAUGAGCAGCUAGCUAGGGCCACGUCACGUUUUCAGGCAGAAAAGGCAAAGGAUGUGAAAAUAAUGGAACAGAUUAUCGUCGAAAAAGACAGUCUCUCAGCCAAGAAUUUACAGGCCGAGGGUGAGAUUUCUCGCCUGAAGCAAGAGUUGGAGGCACAGGCCCAGGCCACACAAAAACUAACCGCCACUACUGCGCUUUGGAACUCAAUCGAAGCCAUCCAAAAUCGCCAGCUACCAACGUUCUUGCCUGGGUCAGGUACCAUGGAUCUCAACUGGCCCAGUCUAAGCGGAGCGUCCAACCUUACUGGAUUCGAUAAUUUGCCCUCAUUUUACAAUUCGCAAUUCAGUCAACAAGACCAGCAGGCGAUCAACCAAGCCGGUCCCCCAAAUUGA